AUGUGUUCUUGGUUGAAGGAGGGUGUGGCGGCGGCAAGUGUGGGCUUGGAAAUGUGUUCUUGGUUGGUGUCCAAUGAUGUGUUGGAAUUGGUUGACUCUGGUGCUAGACUUCUCUAUGUGGGCAAGACUGCUGGGUACCAUAGUAGAACCCAGGAGGUGAUACAUGAAUUGCUACUGAGUUUUGCUGAAGCUGGAGCUAAUGUUGUGAGACUAAAAGGAGGGGAUCCACUGGUGAGUUCCUACAUUGAAGAGUGGGGAGGAGAUGGAUUUUCUGCGACAACAAGGAAUUGA